UGUUGAGUCCGAGCAGACUAAGAUUGCUUCAACGAGUUAUUCAAUUGGGUUACAGUGUUGCUUUCACAGUAAGUUUCUAAGUUGCUUGUGCCUUUAAUUACUAGCUAGAUGACAAUUUCAGAUCCUGUUAGCUUUAGCCUUUAGGCAAGUUUAACUGAGGUUGGUUUCUGAUUGAAGAAUGCAGAUGCCAUGUGGCUGAGGAAUCCCUUAAGAGAAGUUGUGCCUAAUUUUGGAAUGUCAAUAUCGUGUGAGCUUUAUCCUAUUGAUGAUGAAACCUUUGGAAUCGAAGGAGAUGGAGGAUUCUUUCAUGUCAAAGCAGAUGAUAGAACUUAUGAGUUCAUCAAAAACUGUAACGUGAAAAGGGUUUUGUAUCCUGAUUCUGAACACCAAUCCCUCUGCAAAAUUAUUGGAAAUGAUAACUACAUCGACCUCAUUGAAAUGCGGGUUAAAUAUUUCAAUGAGGUGAAUUUUUGUAGACUUUGUCAGCCAUGUGAUUUGACUAAGAUAUAUACCAUACAAGCAAACUGCUGUGAGAACAUUGAUAGCAAGAUCCACGAUCUGAAGCUUGUUCUUGAUGACUGGAGAAAAUUCAGAGAACUGUCUGCAAAUAAUGGUAGCUCGAAGUGGUCACCCUUAUCAUGGCGAGCUCCACAGAAAUGCAUAGGGUGAUUUCUUCUCUCGGACAUGUUUUGCAUCUGGUAAGCUGUAAAAGUGUGUCCAAUAAAAAGUCCGGGGUUUAAAUCUCUAUCUUCUUA